UCGCUUACCUGCCAGUCCGCAGCGCCUGCCCCGCCGCUCUGCUCUCCCAGGGCCUCCGGUCCUCUGCUUUAGGUGGAGAAUGCUGUUGCUUGACUGCAACCCAGAGGUGGACAGUCUGAAGCAUCUGCUGGAGGCCGGGGCCUCGGUCAACGCACCCCCGGAUCCCUGCGAGCAGUCGCCUGUCCAUUUGGCCGCAGGUGGCGGCCUUGCUUGCUUUCUUCUGUGGCAGCUGCAGACUGGCGCUGACCUCAACCAACAGGAUGUUUUUGGAGAAGCUCCACUACAUAAGGCAGCAAAAGUUGGAAGUCUGGAAUGCCUUAGCCUGCUCGUAGCCAGUGAUGCCCAAAUUGAUUUAUGUAAUAAGAAUGGGCAAACAGCUGAAGAUCUAGCUUGGUCAUGUGGAUUUCUAGAAUGUGCCAAGUUUCUUACAACAGUUAAAUGUAUGCAGUCAGUAAAAUCAAGUGAGCCAUCGGAUAGAGAUCACUGUGUCCCAGGGCUUGGACAGAAACGAAGUUUUGGAAGUGCAGAAAAUACAACCGGGAAAAGGAAGUGUUGAUUCAUGCUGGUUCUGAAAAGGUUUGAAGAAAGCCUUCGCUCCGUGCAGGUCUAUUGCUCAGCUACAAGCAAUGGCUUUUGGCUCACCAGGUGUAUCAAAACUCCUUCUAAGAAGGAGGAGAACUUUCUUCUAAGUGAAGAUAGCAUUUAAGAACACAUGUUUUUACAUGCCUAUAAUAUUUUGGUUGUGCAUGCUUUGUCUGUUAAAUUAUUAAAGAAUGUUUAAAGAAUAAACUGUUUUCUUUGUGUACA